AUGCAGACUGCUUCUACAAACAUUUGUGAAAGACUGUGCAAUAAGUCCCAUCUGUGACAUUUGCUUGCUACUAAAUAUUCCACGGUCAACUGUUGUAGUGGUAUUAUAACAAAGUGGAAGAAACUGGGAACAACAGCAACUCAGUCACGAAGUGGUAGGCCACGUAAAAUGACAGAGCGGGGUCAGCGCAUGCUGAAGCACACAGUGUGCAGAAGUUGCCAACUUUCUGCAGAGUCAAUAGCUAAAGACCUCCAAACUUUGUGUGGCCUUCAGAUUAGCACAACAACAGUGCGUAGAGAGCUUCAUGGAAUGGGUUUCCAUGGCCGAGCAGCUGCAUCCAAGCCUUACAUCACCAAGUGCAAUGCAAAGCGUUGGAUGCAGUGGUGUAAAGCACGCUGCCACUUGACUCUA